AUGAGCGACGACAUCGCUGCUUUUGAGAAUGAUAUCAAAGAGUACAGACUCCAACUUGAAACCAUCCAACUUGGUCUGCAGAAUGACCCCGAUAACUCUGAGCUGCAGAGCCUAAAGGCCGAGAUCGAAGAAGGCAUUGCACUUCUCGAGUCGACCAUCGCCGAGUUACGUCCCACGCCCCAGGCAUCGAAGCCUUCGCCGCCUCCCACCCAAGCGAAAUGGUCCAAAGAGAAUCACCCGGCCUAUCAAGCCGGCUACAAAAAGCCCGAGGCCGAGCAUGAAGAAGCCGAGACCCAGGUCUCCUUCUCCGUAAACGAUACAGUAUCGGCGCGGUGGAAGUCCGGCGACAGAGGCUUCUACACUGCUCGCAUCACAUCCAUCACCGGCUCAAAGAACGACCCGGUGUAUAUCGUCAAAUUUCCGAAACACGGUACGGUUGAGACUCUCAAAUCCCGCGAUCUUAAGCCACUAUCGGCCGAAGCGAAGAAAAGGAAAGCCGACGUAAUCUCGGGAUCCUCGACGCCGAACCUGCCACCACCUUCCAACCCUAGUGUCAUUUCUGCGGCGGCGGAUGUGGACCCUUCGUUGGCGCAGCAGGCGAAGAAAGAGCCGAGCAAGGUGAGCGAUGGCCCUAUUAGACCUGCCAAAAUCCCUCGAAAGGUGAAAGCGAACAAAGAACUGGAGGCUGGAAAGGGUAAAUGGCAGGACUUUGUGGCCAAGGGCAAGAAAGGUGGCAAAAUGGCCAAAAAGGAGAGCAUGUUUCGCACUGGUGAAAGCUUCACAGCUAGAGUCGGCUUUACGGGCUCUGGCGCUGAGAUGCGAAAGGAUGUCACACGGUCGAGACAUGUCUAUGACAAGGGCGACACCCUCGAUUAG